CUUAGAAAUACUUGCUGCGCGAUAGAAACACGAGAACCAAGAUCCAAGACCUUCAAAACUAGUUUGCUAUGAACCCUACUGACACUAAACCACGCAAUCGUGUCCGCCAUGCAUGUCAAUCGUGCAGGAUAAGAAAGACCAAGUGUGAUGGCCACGAACCUUGCGAAAGAUGCAAGACACAAGAUCUUAUCUGCAGUUUCUCCACUGCUCCCAAAUCGAAGAUUGUCUAUCCUGUUGGUUUGACGACGAUGAUAAUGGAAGAAAACCAAACGUUGAAAGCCGGUUUGAGAGAGGCCUUUCGCAGGCUCGUCGAAUGCGAAUUUUACAAGAAUCAGCAAAACUUUCAGGUGGCAGAUGUUAAAAGCAUCCACGAGAUACUAAAGACUUUGAACGUUCCGCUUCAUGCGUCAGACACAGCGGACAAUGCAUCAAUGUCUCCCCCUGAUUUGAGUCAAGACCUCAGCGUGCCGUCCGAUUCUGGGGACAGCCCGGUGAGGGAAGUGGACACGAUGCUCCUAGACAUCGGCCAUGGGAAUGAAUCGCCAUACGAAGAUGAUGGCGCAUUUGUUGACCAUCCGUCGGGUCUCAGUAACUUUUUGAGAGAGCAGGAAUAUGGAGUUCUAGAUAACUCAUAUUGGGAUCUAUCCGAGCUUGGUUUUCAAAGCUCACUUCCAGGAAUGCAGAAAGCGUCGACGGAGUUUUGCUGGGAAUUUUGAAAUGGGCUUCCACUACCAAAGCAUUGAAGGUAACGAAUCAUGAGAAACUCCUCUAAACUCUAGGUUAAAGGAUAUCGAAUUUUGUGCAGCAUUACGGUAGAGGCGGCGCAAGGUAUUCCGUUCCAAUGCGACUGGCU